ACAUUUCUCAUAAUCUAAGUCUUGCGUGUCUUUUACUCUCGCGUAAACGUCUUCAUUCUCUUUAAUUUUAAAAAUGCUUCAAAAUUGCAGUCAGAGAGUUGGUUGAUAAUAGUGAUAAGAAAAACACCGCUCCUCUCGAAGAAUUAGCAAAAUUGGAUUAAUGGCGCGCCACUCAUUGGUCAAACAAAUUGAUGUAAGGAAUACAAGAGAGCUGACUAAUAGUAUGCAACGUACUAAAGCGCCAGUUUAUUAACGAUCUAGUUAGACUGGGCAGACUCUGCAGACAGCAAGUGGCUAUUGGAUAAAAACAAAAAAUCCAUAAAUGCUCAUACUGACCAAAACUUGGAGUAGAGUUAUGUGACCUUAAAAGAACAGAUUCAUGUAACAGAGAUGUGUUGAUGCAUUUAUGUUUGGUUGGUUGAUUGAAUAUUGUUUUACGUCCUUCUCAAGAAUAUUUCACUCACAUGCAGACGUCACCACUGCCGGUGAAGGGCUGUAAAAUUUAGGCCAUGCUCGGUACUUAUGGCCACUGAGCAGGGAGGGAUCUUUAUCGUGCCACACCUGCUGCGACACGGGACCUCGGUUUUAGCAGUGUCACCCGAAGGACCGCCCCAUUUAGUCCUCUCUUAAAACAAGCAAGAGGAUACUCGGGACCUAUUCUAAUCCCGAUCCCCACGUGACCAUUUAUGUUUGGGUGUUACAUUUUGAUACAUCUUAGGCGACGACUAUCCUUCCUUUAAACAUUUCCCCCUAAACAACACAUUCGUAAACAUAACUUUAACAAAUAAAUAUGCUACGAUGAAAAUAAUUUUAUGUAAUAGUAUUCUAUUCCCUAUCUUUACUCCUUGUGAAAAUAUUAACUGCUGUGAAGAAGAAACCUCGGGUGUAUUGUGCCAAAAACACAGAAGUGGUGGUUAGAUUCUCAAAACUUCCAAAGAACUUUUAGUGAAAUCACAUAUCUUUUCCAACAUCAACAGCAUCGAAACUUCUCCUUUUUGCGAGGAGCAAAGAUGGGGUUUAGUUUACAUUUAUUUGACCUUAAGCCAAGUUAAUAUCUCUAGGAUUUUCGUAAAGUGUUGGAAUCCAGUAUAGGUACGGUUAUUCAAAUUUUUCGUCCUUAAAGUUAUUAGAUUGUUAGAUAUCUUCAAAACUUAAAAGUAAGUUUGAAGACGUUCUUAUUUUCGAUGGGAAGUUAGAAUAUAACUUAGAUUAUUAAAUGCAGUACAAGAAUACUAAGAUAGAAACUUGCAUACAUGUAGCUGUAGUGAUAAUGAUAUAUAUGGUGAAGUCACCUGCAGUACCCAGGAGGUCAUCUGAUACGAAUGAAUUGCAUCCUUCAAAAUAAAAAAAAGUUCACGCAGAAAAUAGCUAUGGGUGCAGUAUCUCUAACUGCGAAGAUAAUUGAUGAAUAAGCUAAAUCAGUGAUAAGAUAGCAGGUAUAUCGAUAACUUUAAAUUACGUGUGUGCGGACUUCAAUGAACAGUGAUAAAUCUCAUAAUUCGUAUAAUGAAUACAACAAAGUUGGGAAAACACGGACCCCUGGAUAUAUCAGAGGUGAGAUCAGGUGUGGAGAAGCAACCCCUGUCGACCAGUCACACCCGCCGUAAGAACAUUUUUAUAUUUUAUUGUUUAUCUGAAAAACGCAUUUGCUUUCACACAAAGGACAAUAUCGUCUUGGCAAUCCGCACGCACAGAGUAUUAAUUCGAACUGACAAUCUGUGUUGAUGGAAUAGUUAUGUUUCUCAUAUUUUCUGGCAACUCUUGCGUAAAGGUAAAUAAAACUACAUGUUUAAAAAUCCAUUGCCCACCCUUGGUGAUAUUACCGCACAAUUUAGACCUACCAAUGCGUAUAACAUUCACCUGUGACUCAACCACCCUAAGUGCUGCAUGACCCGACGCUCAUUUGUUCUUUUCUUAUCUAUGUAUGUCCACCAUUUUUAUGCCUAUUGAUAACGAAUGAUAAUUUUUUGUUUAUUGAUGACGAAUGAUAAUUUUUUCUGUCCAUUGAUGACGAAUGAUAAUCACGCACCUAAUUAAAAAAAAAAAACACGCCUAAUAUCUACGUAAUGUAGGCAUUGAUUUUGAAAUAUUUUGAUCUUAUUCACUAACUUGGUUGCAAUUCUAUUAUAUGUACGACAUCUAUAGAAGUGGAUGGAGUCUUAAGAGUGGAAUAUUGCAAAACAUUUUUUUAUCGUUGGAACAUUUUACAGCACAAAGGCUCUAAUUUAUGUUAUUUAUUCUACGACGAUUAUUGCAAUGAUCAAAGUAGGUCGUUUUAAAAACUGCAAUGCUAGUGCCUCGGCUUUUAUAUUUCAAAACACUUCCCAACUUUACCAUGGACCUGUUCGGGUUUUUUUUAUUUUGUUUUUUGUGUUUUUUUUGUUUUUGUUUAGAAUGGAUGGCAUAUCCACACCGAUUUCUUCAUACCUACCAAUGAUAGCAUUUAUUGUUCAGAACUGUCCAUCAAACAACAUAGAGUGGAUGAAAGCUUCUGAAAGACUAAACUGUAGUGCAAUUGAAAAUACUCUGUUGUACCACUGUGUGCCAAAUGAAAAUUUCUCAUUCCUUGUCGAGUUUUGUUACAACGCAAAGCGAAUAGGCGUUCUACAAGAUAAUUGCUUAAAGCUAGAUGACAGUGGCACGCUUCAACCAACAGAAUGUAAACAAUUCAAGCACGGAUGCCCAAAUAAAUUCUACUUUAGUAACACAGUGUGGCAAUAUCCAGAAUGUCUUCAGAUCAACGAGAAUAUCAGGUGUUUUCGAGCAGAUGAGUCAUGUCAACAGAGUAGCAGUCUAUCGGUAACUUCCACUGGAACUAACGAGCCCGGAUACAAUGAAACAACAACCUUUUUGUCAACUUUCAACACAACUACAUCUUUUCUAAUGGUGACUGGUGAUAGAGAUGACGAGACCGGUGGCAGAAAUGAAGAAAAACUUGAUGUUUGGAUGAUUGUGUCAGUCUUGUUAUUAUUGGGGAUCGCCUCGGUGACUUUUCUCUACACUCUUCUUCGAGUUAUCCAUCGACGCAAAGUAAGAUGUCCAUCUGGGAAUACCUAUAGGGAAGAUGCUGAUGAAGAAUAUCCAUUCUUGCCAUUGAUUAAAGAGGAAAAAAAGUUCGAAGAAGAUAGUGACAAAGAAGCAUUCUUUAAAGCAGCCAGAAAUGGCAAGGCAGAAGAAAUGGAAAAAUUGCUGAAAAAAUCAGCGGAAAAACUGAAGAACCCAAUGGAAAAGCGCAAAGACCCGACACAGAAUCUUGCGAAUUCAAGGGAUCGAAUUAGAAAUUAUAAAACUGCUCUGCACAUCGCGUCUGAGGAAAACUAUUUAGAGGCAACACAACUGUUGAUCGAUUAUCAGGCUGAUGUUAAUCUUACAGAUACUGAAGGGAAAACAGCUUUGUAUAAUGCUUCUGAAGCGAACUUUGAAGAUAUAGUAAAAGUUCUUUUAACUUGUAACAAUCUUAGAGCUGACAUCCCAGACAAAAUUGGACGGACUGCUCUUUAUCAAGCAGUUAUUAAAAACCACCCAAAUAUUAUAAAACUAUUGUUUGAACAUGGAGCAAAUAUACACUACCCCGACAAAGAAGGGCUGACGCCCCUGAUCAUCGCCAUUCGGAACCAAAAUAUCGAGAUUGUGAAAAUGUUCACUUCUGGGCCUUUGAAUAAUCGAGGAAGAGAGGGUGGAACAAAUUUAUAUCACGCUGUCGACUCUAUGGGUCAGGAAGAAAAGACAGACGAUUUAGAAUGUGUCCGUCUGCUGAUUCAUCAUUGUAAUGCAGAUGUAAAUAUUUGUGAUUAUCAGAAUCGGUCGCCGCUACUUCUAGCGUGUAAAAAAAGACGUUGUGAUGUGGUUGACUUGCUACUCAAAACUGGAAAAUGUAAUACCAAUCAAGGAGAAAUCAAAGGAGGAUGGACCCCUUUACACGAGGCCACCUCGAGUGGUAAUAAUGCCAUGACAACAAUGCUCUUGGAACACGGGGGGCAUCCCAAUGUUAAAGACAAAGGGCAAAGAACACCUUUACAUUUUGCAGCAAAGAAUGGAAACAAAAUUUUGCUUCAGAAUCUGUUGGAUCAUGGCGCCAAUAUUUAUGAUGUUGAUAUCGAAAAUGUAUCUGCUCUGCAUUUUGCUUGCAUGAACAACAAAAAUGGUUUAGAUAUAUUGCAAUAUUUCUGGACAAAAAAAUACGACUUUGUGUGCACACUAAAAAAUUCUGAAACUUGCAAAUCCCCAAUUUACUAUGCAAUCCGAGAGAACGUCACUGAAUUAGUAAAUUUUUUGCAUGCUGAGGGAUUCGGAUUACCUACAUCUGACGGUAAAAGUUUAAUACAUUCAACCGCACACAGACGCAAUCUAGACAAUUUGAAAUAUUUGGUAGAACGGGCUAGUGUUGACGUUAACGAAAAAGACAAAGACGGUAAAACUCCUCUAUACAUUUUGGCAUCUGGGGCCGAUAUGCCCUUAAUAGAAUACCUGAUAGAAAAAAAUGCUGACGUGAAUCUCUCCAACCACAGCGGUAGGUCCCCACUUCACGAGGCUGUAUCAGGAGGACACUUUGAGGUAGUUAAGAAGUUAAUAGUACACCAGGCAGAUGUGAAUAGAGAAGACAAUAAUGGGAACACACCACUACAAGAGUCACUGGAUAAGGACUAUCAGUACCAAGACAUAGCCAUUUACCUCAAAAGUUUAUCAGUCAGUUAAUACAGAGCAGUGUAAACAUUGUAUAUAACUUGGCUAUGUAUUCUAUUCAGUGCCUUUGGUGAGAACUUCCCCUACAUCAAGUACAUUGACAGACCUGUGUAUUUCAGUUGUAGUAUUCUGUGAAAGAACUUCUUUAUAGCAGGAAAAAAAAUAAAAACACACUUUCCUGAUAUCUUAAGUAUUCUGAACUCUGCUGCAUUUUCACAUUGAUUUUCAAGAAAACUCGGUACAUUUCUUGAUGUCAAAUAAGAUUCAAUGGGUCUCAAGUUAUCAUACAAUCGCUAGUCCUCAGAGAGGUAUGCUAUUCAUGGUAAGACAAAUAGCGUAAUCAGAAUGGUACUUUCUGAAAAACUUCACUCCCGGAUAUGGACAUGGGUAUUCAAUGAAGACGAGCAAAUUCAGAGAUGAUUUGUCAUUCAUGCAUCAAAAUAAUGACUGGAGUUUGUUAAAAUCUACAUAUUUAUUUGUAAACAUGCAGUAUAUUAAAUUAACUAUCAAUAAAUGACAUGAAAUGUAAA